AUGGCCUCAUCAGAGCAUCGUAUAGAGCGGUGGCUAGCCACCACCACCGGCCCCAAGGCUUCGUGCAGCAAAGCACAGCAUAAUGUAUAUUCACUCACUGAUCCUCAUCGUUUCUCAAUAAUACGAAUGCGUGGACGAUCGAUGAGUGCAGAAUGCGGCGUGCGGCUGGCGGCGGCCGGGUACGGUGUGUUCGGGAUGGACUACGAGGGUCACGGCAAGUCCAUGGGCGCGCGCUGCUACAUCCGCAGCUUCCGCCGCCUCGUCGACGACUGCAGCCAUUUCUUCAAGUCCAUCUGCGAGCUUGGGGAGUACCGGGGCAAGAGCCGGUUCCUGUACGGCGAGUCCAUGGGCGGCGCGGUGGCGCUACUGCUGCACAGGAAGGACCCUGCCUUCUGGGACGGCGCCGUCCUCGUCGCGCCGAUGUGCAAGGUGGAGGACGUGAUCCCCAAGUGGAAGAUCGUGCCCACCAAGCAGGACGUCAUCGACGCCGCCUUCAAGGACCCGGUCAAGCGUGAAAAGAUCAGGAGAAACAAGCUGAUCUACCAGGACAAGCCGCGUCUCAAGACUGCGCUGGAGAUGCUCAGGACCAGCAUGUUCAUAGAAGACAGCUUGUCACAGGUGAAGCUGCCGUUCUUCGUGCUGCACGGCGAGGCCGACACGGUGACGGACCCGGAGGUGAGCCGCGCCCUGUACGAGCGCGCUGCCAGCGCCGACAAGACCAUCAAGCUCUACCCCGGGAUGUGGCACGGCCUCACCGCUGGGGAGCCCAACGAGAACGUGGAGGCCAUCUUCUCCGACAUCGUCUCCUGGCUCAACCAGCGCAGCCGGAGCUGGACCAUGGACGACCGCUUCAGGAAGCUGGUGCCAGCGCCGGCCAAGUUCAUCGAUGGUGACGACGCCAUCGACGGCAAAGCGCAGACACAAGGGCGUCCUCGCCGGCGGCGCCCGGGCCUCCUCUGCGGGCUUGCCGGCAGGACGCAUCACCAUGCAGAAAUGUGA